GUAGAACUUUAAUGUCAUGAUUAUUAUAUCAGUGCAACUUUAUUGAAAUGGAAAGCAAUAAACGAAUAUGCCAGAUUUGUUUAGAAAAAGAAAAAAGACAGAAAUUCUUACCAAUUUUCAAUGAUAGAAGUGAAGUAGCUGUACUUAUUUUUCUCGUUUCGGGUGUUGAGGUCCCAGAAAACAUUGAAAAUCCUCCAGUCAUCUGUCAUAAAUGUGUAAAGGAUUUAAAUCAUGCUGACGUCUUUCGUAAAAAGUGCAUCAAAGCUGAUGAAUAUUUUCGUUUUUCUGUCGUCUCUGAAAAGAAUACAAUUGAAGAAAUUUAUGGAUUAAUUAACAAUGAACAUAAACAUUUAGAUGUCAUUCAAUUUGAUGACAGUAGUGAGGAUACGAGUAAAAAGGCUAAGCUUGACAAUUACCUAUGGAACGGAAAAGAUCGUCAAUUAAAGAGAAAAAUUAGAAAUUUCUGUUCGAAAUGUUUUAAAUCAUUUAGUGAUAGAAAUUAUUUAAAGAAACACGAGUACUUUCGACAUUCACAAAUAUCAAUUGACGAUCUUUUUAUGUGCGAUUAUUGUGGACAUCGAUCUAAAACAAAACAACUGAUUAGAAAUCAUAUAAUUACAGUACAUCCUACAAAACCAAGAGAAAAAUUCAUCUGUGGAGUAUGUGGAAAAAUGCUAAGUACAAAAGGAAACCUCAAUGGACAUGAAAAAACGCAUAUUGAAGUGGAUCCUUCCAAUUAUAUCAAAUGUCCUAUUUGCUACAAAGCCUUUCGCGAAAAAAGAUUUAUGAUCGAACAUAAAAAAUUGGUACAUGAAAAAUCAAAAGCGUUUCAAUGUUUACAUUGCUCUCAUGUAUCUACUUGCAAAGGAGCCUACAAUAAACAUUUUAAAUCAGUUCACUUGAAAUUAAAAGAUUUCGUUUGUCUUAAUUGUGAAUGUAAAUUUAGCACGAACAGUCAAUUGACUCGACAUAUCAGAAUACAUACCGGAGAGCGACCCUACAGUUGUCAGCAUUGUAUUAAACUCUUCCGACUCAGUAGUCAUAGAAAAAGGCAUGAAGAUAUUUGUCCUAAAAGAUUUGACGCAGAAAAAACAUAAAAAAAUUGGUUUUAUUUUAAUUUUAAAAUAAUGUAAGAUACAAACAUAUACCUAUCUAUUUUGCGAAAGAGACUCAAUAAUAUAAUCAUAGGAUAAAACUACAAGA